AUGGAAGAUGGUGAGGACGGAGAGGCAAGUGGCGAUGUCAUUGCCAGAUCCAAAGCAUUAAGCUUCUUGGCUGGCACGUUGGAUCACUUGGAUCCUGAGUUUCUUAAGCCGGAUCAAGUCAAUCUUCUUGUUGCCUUCUUUGGCAGCAUGUUCAAGGUUGACCACAAAGCCGGCAUCUUGCCGGCUGCCAAGGCACUCCAAAGAACUGCUAGCAUGAAAACCUUUCAACCUCAGAAAGGAAACGACAUCAUCCAGAGUGUUUGCAGUCUCCAGGACGACUUCAAGGCCCAGGUGGCCGACACACGUGCUGCUGUGUAUGAGCUCCUCGACCAUCUCAUCACCAACCCAGAUGUUGCCAACGACCUGCAGUACCAACAUGGUACAACGGCUGGCUUCAUCACAGACCUGUUGCAACUAUGCCGCAACGAGCGAGAUCCUCGGUGCCUGAUGACAUGGUUCAAGAUUCUGACAGUGUUCCUUUCAGAAUAUUCUCCUGCACAAGAAGUUGUCGACGAGAUCUUUGGCAUCUUCUCCGCAUACUUCCCCAUUUCUUUGAGGACGUCCCAACAUCCCUCUGGAAUUACAGCAGAUGAUCUGAAGCUUGCUCUGAGAGCUUGCUUUUCAGCGCACCAUCGGGUAGCCAGCAAAGCCAUCCCGUACCUGCUCGGCAGGCUGGACCAACCUGACAGUGUGACUGUUAACGUCAAGGUCGAUAUUCUCAAGACCCUGACUGCAUGCCUGAGCAAUUACGAGCAUGUACAACAAGGGGUGGUCCCUUUUUCUGACAAGAUUUGGAGCAGUCUCAAGUACGAAGUCCGCAACGGAGAAAUUGAGGACACAAUCAACGCCACUCUGGAAGUUAUCCGAACGAUUGCCAAACGACUCACCGGAGACGAGCUUAGAGACUUCGCCCUCGCCGUCCAGCGUGACUGCUUGGAAGACCUGUCGAACCCUAUCUACACGGCAGCUUCCGGGAAGCUCCUCAUCUCUGUCCACAGUGCAAAGCCUGCUGCUUUUGCGCUUAUGAUCGCUCCUUCGGUCACUCAUGUCAAGGAGAACCUUCGACACACAAAGUCACCUGAACAUACCAAGAAUCUUUUGAUUCUGCUGAACUCUCUGCUCGAGCUUCGGCAGGCCCUCAUUGGGGGAGGUGUGCAGUUGAGCGUUGAAGAUGCUGAGGCUUUCAAGGCAACAGAACCAAUGCUUGCCCCGCUUCACAAUCAGACGUACUUGCCUCUGUUCCGAAAAGCUCUUGAAGAAACGGUUCAGAAGGAGGACAUUGCCAUAGGCCAACAGGCAAUCAAGGGUCUUGGGUUGAUGGUUUGUCAGCGAGCAGCACAGACAGGAGAGUCUACCCAACCUAUGCUUCCCGAAUCAACCCUCUCCGAAAUGUGCAACGACUUGGCAAGCGUCAUCUUCAACACACCCGAACAGCCCACGAUGGCCGAGGCUCGCUCCGAGGCUCGCUCCGAACUAGAGAACGAUGCUGUUCUCGCCCUCCAGAAGGCUCUGAUGGCUUAUCCGCAAGGUCGGGCAGAGGUCAUCAAGGACUGCCUCAAACUGUGCGAGUCGUACCUCGCUUCCCCCGGACGAGAAUCCCUUCCAACGGCGGCUCCAGUCUUGCAGGAGAGAGUCCAGAGAUUGGCCUUCGUUUGCUGUUACGAACUCCCUCAUCAAGGUGACGUGCUCAGCGGAUACACCUCCUUCCUUAGCGCGACUCUCGUAAUUCUGCACUCGAUGCUCGGUUCCAAAUCACACCCUAGGCUUUGGUGGAUACUUGUUUCCGGAAUACACCUGGCAAUGAGACUCUGCCAAAGCGCGGUUGAGGCCUUACGCCCGCGCUCCAAGACGAAUAACUUUGACGACAAGCGCUUCUCGCUUACUUGGUUCAGCUACGUCGCUAACCGAUACCCUGACCUUCCGCGGCUCGACGAUAACAUCAUCCCCAAUAACGGCGACGACGCAAUGGAUAUCGAUGAACAGACCAAAAGCGGAGGGAACGACGGCGACGAGCUACACGGAGAGUUUAUACUUGUCAGCCUCUUCGUGGUCCGACAGCUCUACAGACGCGCCACUAAGAUCAUUAGCUACGACGACGAUACUGAGCUCUCCCUCGCUCUGAGUGACGAUUUUAGCAGCAAGGACCUCGACGACAGGAAGAUCGAGGACAAUUACUUGCAUGUUCUCUCGGAGAUGGCUACCUUUGUUAUUAAGCAGAUGACCGAGCUCGAGCAGACCAGGUUACUUCUGAAUGAAGAGGUUGUGACACUCUUCCGUGGAGAUGACGAGUAUCAUCAUCCCGGCCCUCAUACCGGACACCGUUGGCACAAUUCCGAGCUGCGGGAUGCUAUGCUGAGAACUUGGGCCCCCCAGGCUUCAUAUAGUAUGACAAACCCUCCCAAGUUUCCCAUCAGUGGCUUCAGCCAGGGACGUACUGUCAUUCUUUCUCUUGGCGUUCUCCAACCUUUCCACCCAACAACAAUUCAGCGUCUGGUCGAAAGAGGAACUGCACACCAAAUCCUCAUCGCCGGUCUCCUUGCAAGAGACCACUCAGCCUCCCCUAGAUGCCGCCAUGUUGUCUCAGCCAUCCUUACGAUCAUUUCCAACAAAUACCCGGUCGAGAAGCUGGAUGAGAUUGUCGCUAUGCUUCAGCUCCAGAUGAACUUCGUUGUUGGUGAAGAGAGACAGUCUGACGAGUUGGAGCAAGUGACUGGAUAUCUUGAGCAUGAGGCCAACAGGAUCCCUGGUGGGCACCCAGAUGAGAUCAGAGCGGAGCUAGCAAGACCUGUGUAUGCCAUUGUUGCUGGCAUUCUUCGACGCUACAGCGGCAACUCCCUCCGCCAGCUCCUUGUGACCAUUCAAGAAGGACCCAGCAACAAGAAGAUUGGCCACAUACUUGGUCGCAACCUUGAGACCAUCUUUGGCGGCCUCGAGAUCCUCAAGAAAGAGUUUUACGGUCAAGUUCGCCCUCUCUGGGCCCAGAGAGCUUACUUUGAGAUGAUCAAGCCCAUGCUGGCUAAAGCCUGGCCCGCUGGCUCGAACAGUAGGGACGAUAUGCUCAUUGCCGCGAACUACAGCAUCGCAGUCCUCGCGGCCGUCAAGCACAUACAAUACCCAGUCUACGAAGACGACACGGAGGACCUAAUCAGACUCAUCCUCUGCGCGAUUCGAUACAUGCCGGCAACCAAGGACGUGGCGGCUGCCCUUAACGUUCUACAGCAUACUACGCAGAACUCGCCCAAGAGGGUUCAGCCCUUCCUCAAGAGCGUUAUAGAGGCAUGCAUGUCCAUCUUCAAGAGAGAUGGAACGAAAGCCAGCGAAGACAAUGCCUGGAUGCCGGUGGGUUACAUCCCGUUCGACCACUCAGGGCUCUGGAGGUCGCAGUGCCGCUGCCAGGUCGUCCGCAUCAUCGGUCUCUUACCCGUUCAGUUCGAGCACCGCCACCUUCUCGACUCGGCAUCUCAGGCUAAGCGCUUGUUGGCGCAGGCUUCGGGUGACAAAGUGCGCAACGUUCGUGAGGCUGCUCUGACGGCCCGCGCCAAGUGGGACGAGGUCAACUGA